CUUGGCCUUGUUCCUUUCUUUAGUUAGCCUACGGGUCUCUACUAAUGUUCCUCUGAGCUGUUUUAAUUUUGUUUUUGGAUUAAAUUCAGUUUGCCUCCUUAAACUUUGGAGCAAACAUCAGUUUGGUCCAUGAUCUGUUUUUUUUUAAUCAUGAUGGUCUAUACACUUUCAAUUUCCAUCACCCGAGUCUAAAUUUCAAAUUUAACUCCGAACAUGACAUCAUACGGUGAGUUGUCAUCGAUAGCAUGGCCCGGGUAAAAUAAAAAUUUUAAAAUAAAAAGACUUAAAAAAAAAAAACGCAGGACAAUAAACCCCCACACCCAACCCCCCUCUCAGAAAUGGUGUUGGCCUCUACAUCUCUUGUUUCCCAACUCUCUGGCCCUAAAUACUUGAGCACCUCCUCCACUUAUAUCUUCACCAUUUCCAUCCUGAGUUUCCCAAUUUCACCUCCAUUUCCUCCUCCACUGAGCAUUUUUCAAAACAAACACAGAGAUAAAGCUCGAGUCUUUAUUAGGAUUCGAUAGAAGUGAUGGAUGAGAUACAGCCACCGGAGAUCAAGGACGGGCAAUUCAUAAUGGGUUUGUCAGAGACGGUGGGGGCGAAGUGGCAGCGGAGGCCCAGCGUCCGAUUGGGCGAGAUCAGAGGAGACCAGCCGUACGAUUCGAAUUCGAUGUGGGCGACUAAGCAGUGGAGGCUACCUGCGAUGGACCACCACCAACCUCAGCCCAGAAGCUCACAAACACCAGAAUCCCAGAUACCCAGUACCCAACGAAAUCCGAUCGACCCUGAGCUUCGUGGUGUUGCCAACCUCGAACCACUGGAUGCCAGAGAUGACGCUGACAGAUUCCCAGCCAAUAGCGUCGGCAAGGUAGGUCCAGUGUUGAAGGUGAGCUUCUCGUCCCAGGAGCGGCGCUGGCGGUGGGACUCCUCGACAUAGGAACUCCAGCGAGGUGGGGAGCUGGUAAAGGUUUUGAAUUGAAUCCUAGAGAUCCUGCAACAAGCUAUAGAAGCGGCUCGGAUCGGGUCGGAGUUAUUGUGGUCGUGAUCUGAGGGGGAAGUCAACAUGGUGGAGGUGAAGAGAGAGAAAGGGUUGAGAGAGAGAGAGAGAGGAGCUCUCGGGUUUUUAGGGAGAGAGACGAGGAAAAGAGUUUUAAGGGAGAGAGAGGCAAACUGAAUUUAGUCCUUUGUUUUUUUAUGCAAAAAGACUAUGAUUAAAAAAUGAAAGCCUAGAGGGGAACCAGGUGUACAACAACAUUAAAUAAAAGGGCAUUUGAUGCAUUUCUCAAACUGUAUUGGUCCAACAGAAACCAUCAAAGGAUCUAUGGCCUACAUUUGCAAUCGCGUCUGUUCCUCUUGUUAGCGCAAAAAUUGCACAAAGUGAAAAUGUCACCCAACGUAAUUUCACUCGUAUUCAUUAACAGAAUAGAGUAUUAAUUAUUUCGGG